UUGUCGAAAAUUAAUUUCGAGAAUUGGGGAAUUACAUUAGGGUUUCAAAUCGGGAGGUGCUGAUUCGAACCCUAAUUCAUGAUUUGCGUUCGUGAUCUUCGCGAUUCAUUCGAGGGACUGAUGGUUCAUAUUCUGGCGGUUAAGGGAUUUUUGUCUUUUUUUUUGGGUUGUUUUUGGUGUAACAGAUCUGAAAAAUGUGUAGGGGCGUGUAUGAUGGAAUGUGAAAAUUUGGGUUCGUCGGUUUGGGUGGUUGGAUUGAGGGGUUGUUGAUGGAAAAUAGAGUAGAGAACUCACAUGGCACUGAAAUUCCCGAAAAAUCGAGAUCUUUGGGUCUGGAGAGUUUGUAUAAAUCGAGAAGUAGGAAAGAUGUCGAAAACAAGAGCUUGAAGAGAAAAGUUAGUGCCGAGGAUGGUGAUGAGAACGGGGGCAAGACAAAGAAGAGUAAGAAAGAGGCUUCUCUUAGUAGUUUGAAGAAUGUUAAUACUAGUAGCAAAAAGAGUUUAGAUAAAGUGUAUCAUAGCGGGUUGAAUUCUGGUUCACAUGAUCCAGAGUCAUGGAAAUCUGGGUCGAGUGAUAGAUUGGAUAGCAGUAGUGGGUUGAAUGGUGUUUCGUCGCUUAGUUUGAAUAAUAAGGUUAUUCAAAUCCCGAGGCGUAAACGGGGUUUUCUAGUGAGGAAGAAAUUUGAUGGUGGUCAGGCACCGAAGCUGCCAGAUGAAUCUGCUGGUAAAGUGGGUGUCGUUGAUCAGACUCAUCAGAUAGCCAAGUUAAAUGGUGAUGAUUUAGGUACUCAAUCUGAGUCCUUGAAAGUUAAACGAAAGAAGGGUCGGCAUGAUUUCAAAGAAAACAUAAAUAAUGAGUUGAAUUCAGCACCACAUGCUAAGAAAGAAGACGUUCCUACAAGUUAUUCGGCUGUAAGCAAUGGUGAUUCAUCUUUGAAGAAGUCUCGGAGGAAUCGUAGGAAGAGGAAGGAGUUGGCACCUGACAGUAAAAGCUCCGAAAAGGAAGCUGAGCCUUUGGUUGAUAGUUCUAUGAAAAAAGGCCAUGAUAUACAAGAAGAUGAUGAGGAGAAUCUUGAACAGAAUGCAGCAAGGAUGCUUUCAUCAAGGUUUGAUCCCAGCUGCACUGGGUUUUCUUCAAACGACAAGGCUUCUGCAAAUGGGUUGUCUUUUUUGUUGUCUUCUGGACAGGAUUUUGAUAGCCAUAGGUCAAAGUCUAUUUCUGGAUCAGAAUCUCCUUCGGUUGACAAUUCUGGUAGAGUAUUGAGGCCGAGGAAACAACAUGAUGAAAAGGGGCAUUCGCGGAAAAGGCGCCAUUUCUAUGAAGUUUUCUUUGGGAACUUGGAUGCUUACUGGGUAUUGAACCGGAGAAUCAAAGUCUUCUGGCCUUUAGACCAAAGUUGGUACUAUGGUCUUAUUAAUGACUAUGACAAGGAAAAAAAACUUCAUCAUGUGAAAUACGAUGAUCGUGACGAAGAAUGGGUUGACCUUCAAAAUGAGAGGUUCAAGCUCUUGUUACUCCCUAGUGAAGUUCCCGGUAGGACAGAGCGGAAAAAAUCAAAGGUGCGGAAUAGAAGUCCCGAUGAGAGAAAAGGAGACAUGAAAUGCAGAAAAGAAAUGAAAAAAAGAGAAUUGACUUUGGGGGAUGAUAGUGGCAUUGGCAGCUAUAUAGACACUGAACCCAUUAUUUCAUGGUUGGCACGAUCUACGGGUCGGGUCAAGUCUCCUUCCCGUGUUGUGAAGAAGCAAAAAACAUCUGGUCUAUCUUUAAAGCCUGUGCCACUAUUGUCUGAUGAAGAUGCCACUUUACAUGAAUCUUUGGGUGACUGCUCCUUUAAAAGGGAUAAAAAAAUUUCUCGCCAUCCUGGCAGAUCAUCUGAUGAUGUGAUGCCAGAAAAGCCUACCUCACAAGGCAGCACUGCCUCCAAAGAUAGCAAAAUGCCUAUUGUUUAUGUUCGAAGGCGGCUUCGGAAGAAUGAGUCUGAAUUGUCUCAUACAUCCAAGGAUGACCAUGACUCUGCGAGUAAACUUGGGUCACUAUAUGAUUUCUUGGGAAGCUUGGAUGCCAAUGGACCAUUGUGGUCUAUUGAUGAUGUAGGACUGCUGAAAUUAACUCCUCCACGGAUAGAACCAGGAAGAGUUACUUUUGAGUUAGGCCUUCCAGUGCAUUCAAUUAUUAAUGAUUCCUUUAGAGUAGAGUUUUGGUUGUUUCGUGCCACAAUGCUGCGUCAGUAUGGUGCAGUGGUGAUUUCAUGGCCAAAGGUUUAUUUGGAGAUGCUUUUUGUUGACAAUGUAGUUGGACUGAGAUUUCUCCUGUUUGAAGGUUGCUUGAAGCAGGCUGUGGCCUUCGUUUUUCUUGUCCUGUCAUUGUUUCAUCAACCUAAUGAGCAGGGGAAGUUUAUUGAUUUCCAGUUACCAGCAACUUCAAUCAGGUUUAAAUUCUCCAGUGUUCAGCAUCUUGGGAAGCAACUUGUGUUUGCAUUCUACAACUUUUCUGAAGUAAAGAAUUCAAAGUGGAAGUACCUAGACUCUAAACUUACGAGCCAUUGUUUGCUUACCAAGAAACUGCCCCCGUCUGAAUGCACCUAUGAUAGUAUUAAAGCACUUAAAAAUGGAAGAAAUCAGUCACCUUUUAUGUCUCUUUGCGGGAAUUCCUCCUUUGUCAAGGGUACACAGAGUAGGCCCAGGCAGGGUAUUAACUUCAAGGGGAGUUUCAGGGAAUCUAUAUCUGUAAAUAGUAGUCAUUCUACUUCUCGUGAUGAUGAGCUCUGCAGAAAACUUCCUCCACUUGCCCUCUCUUUUGCUGCUGCACCUACUUUCUUCAUUAGUUUGCAUCUUAAGCUGCUAAUGGAAAAUUGUGUUGCUAAUAUCUGUUUUCGGGACCGUGAUUCAGUGGAGCAUGUCGAAAACUGUGACAAUAUGUUGGCAGUUGACUGGUCUGUGGUCAAGGACUUUAUUAAUGGAGGUUCGAAGAUUACUCCUGAGAAAAAUUUGAAGGCUCCACCAAGUAAUGCUACUUCUGGUGGAUCCUGUGCCAAGCCAGAUGCAGACAAUGCUAUUUCUGUAUGCCAUGGAACUCAGACAAAGUCAUCUCAGCAUUUCCAAAAUGGCAGUCUUGAUGUUUCUGUAUCCUCUGAUGGUACUGGUGUCCUUGAAAAGACUGGAACAGAUAAAGCUGUACAGUUGAAAGCGUUGCAAAGCCAUCAUCCAGAGUCAGAUCAAUGUUCUUUAUCCCCAAGGCCUUUGGUUGGUAGAGACAAGUCUGACACUGAUUCCCAAUCUUUUCCGAAUGGUCUCACUGUCGAAAUUCCAUCAUUUGACCGAUAUGAGAAGCCUGUGGAUAGGGAGGUGCAAAGUGCUCAACAGCCUACAGAAUUUUCUUGGAAUAUGAGUGGUAGCAUUAUUCCCAGCUCUAACCCCACUGCUCCCAGAAGUACAGGGCACCGAAAUAGAAAUAGUUCAUCACUUGGACACCUCUCAAAUAGUUGGACAGAUGGAAAAGCUGACCUUUUCCAUAAUGGUUUUGGCAGUGGACCAAAGAAGCCCCGAACUCAGGUGUCCUAUACAUUGCCUUAUGGAGGUUUUGACUUUAGUUCGAAGCAAAGAAACCUCCAGAAGGGGCUUUCUCAUAAACGAAUCAGGAGGGCUAAUAAUGAGAAGAGGUCAUCAGAUGCUUCUAGAGGUUCCCAAAGAAAUUUGGAACUCUUAUCAUGCGAAGCAAAUGUGUUAGUCAAUGGCAGUGACAGAGGGUGGAGGGAGUGUGGGGCCCAUGUUGUAUUAGAGCUUUUUGAUCAUAAUGAGUGGAAGCUUGCUGUAAAAAUUUCAGGGAUUACAAAGUACUCAUACAAAGCACAUCAAUUUUUGCAGCCUGGGACAACAAACCGCUACACUCAUGCUAUGAUGUGGAAAGGAGGAAAGGACUGGAAUUGGGGUUUAGAGUUUCCAGAUAGGAGUCAGUGGGCACUAUUUAGGGAGAUGCAUGAAGAGUGUUACAAUCGGAAUAUCCGCUCUGCUUCAGUAAAAAACAUUCCUAUUCCUGGUGUCCGCUUAAUUGAAGAAAGUGAUGAUAAUUCAAUUGAAAUAUCAUUUCUUCGCAGUUCUGCAAAGUACUUCCGGCAAAUAGAAACUGAUGUUGAAAUGGCUUUGGAUCCAUCUCGGGUAUUGUAUGAUAUGGAUAGUGAUGAUGAGCAGUGGAUUUUGAAGUUUCAAAUUUCUUCUGAAGUUCACAACAGUAGCUCAACAGAGAUUGACGAGGAGAUGUUUGAGAAAACAAUGGACAUGUUUGAAAAGGCUGCAUAUGAUCAACAGUGUGAUGAGUUCACAUCUGAAGAAAUAGAAGAGCUCAUGGCUGGUGCUGGGCCCAUGGAUGUGAUUUUAUCCAUUUAUGAGCAUUGGCUACAGAAAAGGCAGAGGAAGGGAAUGCCUUUAAUCCGACAUCUUCAGCCACCAUCAUGGGAAAGGUAUCAACAAGAAGUAAAAGAGUGGGAGCAAGCUAUGAUCAAAACCAAUACCGCCCUCCCCAAUGGAUGCUACGGGAAACCUGCAUCAGUUGAGAAGCCACCAAUGUUUGCUUUUUGUCUGAAACCACGGGGACUAGAAGUUCCCAACAAGGGAUCAAAACAACGGUCACAGAAGAAAUUUUCGCUUUCUGGACAUAAUGGUGCCAUGUUAGGAGAUCACGAUGGUUUCCAUGCUAUUGGAAGAAGAUCAAAUGGGUUUGCUUUUGGUGAUGAAAGGCUGGCACAUCCAGGCCAUAACUAUGACUCUUUAGACGACUCCCCCUUAUCUCAGACAUCACCUGGGGUAUUUUCACCAAGGGAUGCAGCUAACAUCUUGGUGAGCAAUGAUGGGUUUGAGAGAAAUCAUCUCCGCAGAAUUCAUAGAAGCAAGUCAACGAAAUUUGCGAGGACAGUAUCUUAUGUUGCCCCCCAGAUGGUGUCUUCAUACAGUCCUAGAGUCGUAGGAAACAGAAAUGAAUUUCAUCGAUGGAAUGCAGAUAUCCCUGAUUGGUCAAGCCAGCGUUAUUAUCAACCAGAAGUGUCUCCGAGGCAUGGCAUGGGACUGUUGGAUGAUUCUGAUCUUGAUGAGUUCAGACUGCGUGAUGCAUCUGGUGCCGCUCAACAUGCACAUAAAAUGGCAAGGCUCAAGAGAGAGAGAGCUCAGAGAUUGUUUUACAGAGCAGAUCUAGCAAUACACAGGGCUGUGGUUUCUCUCAUGACCGCGGAAGCGAUCAAAACUUCUUCUGAGGACUCCAGUGACGAUGAAGAGUAGAACACCACAAUUUAGAGUGAGAUGAUACAAUGAAAAUGCCAAAUCCCUUUCAGCUUGCCAUUCUGCAGCCCAUAGAGACUACUACAUGAGACUCCGACGGUGUUUUUGGUGGAAUCGGUCUUGGUUCUGGUUGUACUUUGUCAAUAGUGGUGGCUACUUUUUAUUCGGUAUUUUUUACGCAGAUACCAUAGAGAAAUUCUGACAUGAAAGCGUGAACAGCAAGAAUGGGUUAGAACUCAUUGCUUCGAUGCUCGGAUGCUUCAACUUCCUCUGAUUCGUCAACGGGCGAGAUUCUUUUACCAGCUUGAAGUCUGUUUGUCUGUCUGCUCACUUCAGCCAUUGUUGUAUCACCGAUCAUCAUCGGCAUCCUGCAGGUUAGGGAAGAAAAGGGUAUAUGAAAUUUUGGCUGCCAAUCUCAAUGUACAGAUCUUUUUUCGUUUUCCUCUGUUCUUUUCCCCCUUAACCUCCAGUUUUUUAAGCGUUCGGUAUUAAAGGAGCAGUUUGCCCACAUAAUACAAGUACUGAAAGAAAGAAAGGAAUAUAUGGCCUUUUGCUGUCAAA